AUGCAAGAGUGGGUAGGAGCAACUCCUCUCCAUAUAGCAGCAUAUAACUGUCAUCAUAAUCUAUGUAAGUUACUUCUUUCUGCAAAUGCCGAUGUUUCAGCUGGAGAUUAUUGCACAGGUGCCACCCCUUUGCAGUAUCUAAUUUCUUCACCAUAUUCGAAAGGUAGAAUCGACACCCGGAAGAAAUCUUUGAAAGUACUUUACAUCCUUGUUGGAGGAGGGGCGGAAGAAGAAUUUUCUGGCAACAGUCACUUUCUCGAGAAAACAGAAAUGCCUGAGGAUAUGUUUAGUUAUAUACAGCACCACACAUUCUUGAAGGAGCCCCUAUUCUCGGAAAAAUGCAGCAUUGCGGCAAGAAUGUUAAAACGCAGGAAGAUUCAUGAUAACCAUCAGUGCAUCAGAUCGUUACUAGGCGGGUCAAAAUUAUCGGUUCACGCCAGGCUGCACUACAAUGAAGAAGCGCUAAAGGAAUUUUUCCAGGUCCUGUGUCUGGAGGUCACCAGCUUUAGGAAUUAUAAGUUUAAAGAAGAAUUUUCCAGGGGUACUUCUUAUUCAACUCCUGAACACCAACCAUGGGAAGAAUUUCUACGGGAUUUGAUAGCAGCACAGGUUUCUCUCCAUGAGACUGGCCAUUGUGGACUUACACUUCUACCGAAGAAUUUGGAAGACACUGUGUUCCAUACAGGGAUAAACCACAGGGAACGGCAAAUAUUUGACUGGAUCAAGAUAUUGCAGUCUUCUGGUAUUGAUCUAGAACAAUAUGGCAACAAAGAACGAACUAUUUUCAAGGUGCAAAAGCGCAGCAAUUUUAAGUCAUUGGUUUCUUUGAGUCGCAUAAGCCGAGUCGACACCUUGAAUAUUCGGCGCUCUGAGAAGUCAGUUCCCACUUAUGAGUUAGGAUUCUCAAGUUUGAUCGGAUUCAGCUACGGUUCUCGUGCUGAGGAUUGGAAAUUUUGGUUCUCAGAACCAACAGAUCAAUUUGCUGGGAAAUUCAGGUCGCUCAUCGAAGAUCCUCCUUUAAUGAACCUCGUUCCAGGCGCAUGGAUCGAUAAGCCACUCUGUACUUAUAGUGAUACUUUCCAAAGUCCUUUACUGGAUAUAAACAUCAGACUCAGCUGA